AUGCGGCUGCUAGUCCUUCUCCACUUUCUAUUACUCUCCUACCUAGGUGGAGCGCACAGCAAGCACGUCUUCGCAAACCGCCGAGACCAGAAAGGCGUUCACAUCGAGAACGUGAACGUCCCUGGAAGCAUCUGUGGAAAUGCCGAAUCAUAUGCUGGCUACGCUCGCUUCCCCCCAAAUACCAUGAAGGAGGUUAAGCAUGACUAUCCGAUUAACACAUUCUUCUGGUAUUUCAAGGCGCAAAACAAACCAGAAUCUGCGCCUCUGGUCAUCUGGAUGAAUGGUGGGCCUGGUGCAUCGUCUAUGGUUGGACUCUUUACGGAGAACGGCCCGUGCUACGUCAAUCCAAACCUCACGACGAGAGAGAACCGUUGGUCUUGGAACAAGGACUACAACGUUCUGUACCUUGAUCAGCCGGUGCAAACUGGUUUCAGCUACGAUGUCCUGACGAACGGAACACUAGAUUUAACCACCGGCGAUAUCACUCCUGAGAACAAGGGCCCAUCGAAUAGUAGUACGCUACUUCGGGGGGUAUUCAGCAGCCAAAACGUCAAUUCAACUGCCAAUACUACCGAGAACGCUGCGCGGCAUUUUUGGAACUUCCUCCAGGUUUGGCAAAGAGAUUUCGGCACAGUCCACAACAGUUCGGACAAAUCCGUUAGCAUCUGGACGGAAUCUUAUGGCGGACGAUAUGGGCCAAGCUUCGCAGCAUAUAUCCAGCAGCAAAACCAGCGUAUCGCAGGCGGGUCUCUCUCAGCAACCCCGAUUAACCUGACCACAGUGGGUAUUAUCAACGGCUGCAUAGAUCUCCUGACCCAGGAAGUAUCCGCCCCAGACUUUGCAUAUGAUAGAAAUGCAUAUGGAAUCCAAGGAUUAACUCGGCAGAACUACAGUGACUCCUUAAUUGCAUAUUCACAGAAGUGGGGCUGUCUAGACAGGAUCCAACUCUGCCACCAUCUUGCUGACACUCUCGAUCCAAAAAUGUACGGGAAUGUUACUCAAGUCAACGAGGCAUGCGAGAGUGCCAGCGAUUAUUGUCAGAACGAGGUCGAAGGGCCGUAUAUUUUCCGAAAUAAAUGGGCCUUCUAUGACAUUACCCACUGCUACUUGGAUCCAACCCCAGAGAACUUCUUUGUAGAGUAUUUAGCCACGAAGAAGGUCCGCGACGCGUUACAUGUCCCAGUGAACUAUACCGAUAUAUCAAACACAGUGGGCAAAGCGUUCAAUCUCACGGGGGACUACCCUCGGAAAGACACAAAAGGGUACCUUGAAGACAUUGGAGGGCUUCUUGACUCCGGAGUUCAGGUGGCAUUAAUAUUCGGCGACCGGGAUUUUGCCUGCAAUUGGAUAGGGGGCGAGCGCGCUAGCUUGGCAGUCAAUUAUGGGGAAUCUAGCAAGUUCCGGCAGGCUGGAUACACGAACAUCACCAGCGGGGGUUCACCAGUUGGCCAAGUCCGUCAACAAGGGCUGUUCUCAUUCUCCCGCAUCUUCCAGUCAGGACAUAUGGUUCCUGUUUACCAACCCCAAGCCGCGUACGACAUUCUCCACAGGGCCAUGCGGAAGAAAGAUAUUGCCACUGGGAAUAAACCAGCCACGGGUAAUUACCAUACCAACGGCACCUGGAACUCUACUGUUACUUUGAAGGUAGAGACUACGCCGUUGCCGACUUGCUAUUUACGAGGCAUGCCGUCGACCUGUGCGAAGAACCAGAUUGAUGCAGUGAGGAAUGGAACUGCCAAGAUCAGACACGGCAUCAUUGAAUCCCCCGGAUUCCCUAAGGGAGUUUGCCCCUAG